AAUAUCCCGGCCGAGAACCUUCUAGAUCGUACUAUCGUAGUUCACUGGUCACUUACGCUGUACGCUUGCCGCUUAAAUUUUUUUUCCGUAGCUCAUUACGUUUCUGUUUUUCUUUUCUUUAGCCGUGUGUGAAACGAAAUUACAAUACCUCUUAAAUACGCUUAUAAACCGGCUCCUGCAGGCUGCAGCUGAUAUCUUCACUGACGAUUGUUAUUGCACGUGAUUUGGAUUCUAUAACCGUCCAUCCAUACCACUAUCUUGCUCGAUGCGAAUUCGGCCAAGUCCGAUCUGUUAACGACAUACACAUACUCGACUAUUUGGCGAUUUGAUCAAUUUUGUUUUGACCGUGAUUUGUUACCAUGGUGGACUCGGUACCUGCUAUGUUUGGCUUGUUAGUCAGCGGUAGACUGGUACGGACAGAUUUUGAACGUUUAGAAGAAACAAAAUUUAUGAUAACUAUCAACUCUGCUGAAUCUGUAAAUUAUAUUUGUGUGUUUUUGACGGGUCUCGUGCCAUUUCCUGAGGGAACAGCUGGUUCAGUGUACUUCAGUUGGCCAGAUGAAAAUGCAAGACCGAAUUGGCAACUUUUAGGUGUUUUAUCCAAUAACAAGCCAUCUGCCAUUUUUAAGCUUUCAAAUCUUAAACAACAUUUUGAUAUAACAAACCAACCGAUAAAUGCAUUUAGUCAAUUCCCAUCAAUUUCUAUAAAUGCUCAAAUUGGUAUUUCUAUUGAACCUUUAUUAAAUGCUGAAAUGCAAACAACCAGUAUUGAACCAACACAAAAUGUAUCAACAUUUGUAGAAUUCACACAAAAAAUGGUGCAAAAUUUAUACAAUUACGUAUCUAGUUAUGCAGUUGAUGGUCCACAGCAGACAUCUAUGGUACCACUUUUAUCAGUUCAAAAAUGGUAUGAAAAUUUUGAGAGAAAAUUAAAUUUGAACCCAAAUUUUUGGAAAUCUUAGUAACCAAUUUUUACAAGACAACUAAUUAUUCAUAAUUCUCAGUAUAAUAAGAUUUAUUUGAUACUAAAAUGAUAAAUUGGCAUUUUAUUUUAAUAUAUUAUAUAACUAUUUGAUAAGUAAUAUACAGAGACUGUCUAAUUUGUUAUUAAUAAUAGUCUUUAGAUUUAAGAUAUGUGCCUUAAAUGAAUAAUAAGAAAUAAUAUACAAAAUUUGAAUGUGUGUACUUUUAAAUACUUAGAUUUUUUUUUAUGAAGGAUUUAUUUUGUUAUUUGAUUUGCCUCAAGUUACUAUAAUUUUAAUAAUUGUAAAGAACCAAAUUACCUUUUUUCUAUAGAAAAUGUGUUCGUUAUUAAAAAUAAAAUUAUAAUUUUCAUUUUCAUUUUCAUUUUGUAUAACUUGCUAUUGUUUUUAAAAUAUAAUAACUAUUUGUGACAAAUGAUUGUAAUAAUUUUAUUUAACUAAAAACAUAAAGGUGUUAUGACCUGUUACUGGUUAGACCAAAACAAAAAAUAUAUAUUUCUGUAAAUAUUAAGGCAAAAUAAUAAUACAACAAACACUAUAUGUUUGUUUAGUAAUUAAUAAAAAUUAUUGUAAUAUAUUACUUUAAAUUUAA